AUGGGUUAUUGUCCAACGCCCCCAAGUGAAUUUGCUGCUAGAAAUCUUGAUCCAUUAUGCAAUGGUCAACGAAUGUGGACAACAUUUUUAUUUUCAUCAUUUUUCACUCUAUUUGGUGGGUGGAUUCUUAUUCUUACAUAUGAUUUUAUAAAAGCAUUGUUAAUAAAACGUCGUCGAUUGAAACUUAUUUCAGUAAUCAAACGUUUAAGUCACACAGAAGAAUUUUCAACAAGACGAGCAAGUUUAUUAUGGACAUCAACUGAUCGAUUUAAUAAUGAUGCAAAUGAAGAUUAUUUUAGUUGGUUACAAGCAAUUAAAGAAUGGGAAAAUAAUUUAAUAUCUGGUCAAACAAAAAUGGGAAAAACUUUGGUUGGUGUCAUUUUUAUUUGUAGUAUUGCUUCAUUAGUACUUUAUUUUGUCGAUACGAGAAAUACAUUUAUUGAAUCAUGUACUGAAUUUAACAAAUCGUUCACAAUGCAAGCUGAUCUUGGUCUUAACGUUCUUUUUCUAGUUUAUUUUUUUCUCCGGUUUACUGCUGCACAACAUAAACGACGUUUUUGGUUUAGUUUAUAUUCAAUAGUUGAUAUGUUUACUAUUCCACCUUCAUUUGUUGCUUUAUACCUUAAUCGAAAUUGGAUAGGCUUUCGAUUUCUUCGAGCAAUACGUAUAAUGAAUAUUCCAGAUAUUCUUCAAUAUAUGGGUUUAAUUGAACGACCACGUACAAUACGUAUUGUACAAUUAGCUUCACGAUUUAUUGCUGUAUGGGUUGCAGCUGCUGGUGCAGUUCAUUUAGCUGAAAAUUCUGGAGAUUUUUUUUGUAAUUUUGAAAAUGCUCAAGAAUUAGAUAUAUUCAAUGCAAUCUAUUUUAUGAUUGUGACAAUGACAACAGUUGGUUAUGGAGAUGUCUAUUGUAAAACAUAUACUGGAAAAAUUUUUAUGCUUUUAUUUUUGAUUGCUGGUUUGGCAUUUUUUGCAACAAUGAUUCCAGAAUUUUCAAAAUUAUUUGGAUCCCAUGGAGAAUAUUCAAGUCGUUAUCGAAUAGUAAAAGGCAAACGUCAUGUAGUCAUUUGUGGACAUAUAACACCUCAUUCAAUGACAACAUUUCUUCGUGAUUUUUUACAUAAAGAUCGUGAUCAAAUUGAAGAACUUGAUAUUGUUAUAAUAAACAAAAAAGUUCCAGGAAUCGAAAUGGAAGCAUUAUUAAAACGAUAUUAUACAAAGGUGAAAUAUUUUAUUGGUACUGUAAUGAAUGUUGCCGAUUUACAUCGUAUUCAAGUUAAUAAAGCAACAGCAUGUUUAAUAAUUGCUGAUAAAGAAUGUCCAGAUCCUGAUGGUGAUGAUUCUGCAAAUAUAAUGCGAGUAAUUAGUUUAAAAAAUUUUAAUCAACGUAUUCGAGUUUUAUUACAACUUCUUCAUUAUAAAAAUAAAAUGAAUGUUGCAUCAAUACCAGGUUGGAGUGCAAAAGAUGGCGAUGAAAUUAUUUGUAUUGCCGAAUUAAAACUUGGUUUAAUUGGAAUGUCUUGUAUUGUACCAGGAUUUUCUACGAUGAUGACAAAUAUUUUUCGAAUGUCAGCUUACAAAAAUCGUGCAGCACAAGAAUUGACACAAUCUUGGAAAUGGCGUGAAUUAUACCAUCGAGGUGCAGCUAUGGAAAUGUAUCUUGAAGAGUUACCACGUUCAUUUUAUGGAAAAUCCUUUACUGAAGCAGCUUUAAUUUGUUUUAAACUUCGCGUAAUGAUAUUAGCUGUUGAAAUGAAGCAUACAGAUGAAAAUGGAAAUACGAGAAUGAUUGUUGAAGUUGCACCAAAAUCUGAUUGUACUAUUAUUUGUGGUACUCGAGCAUUUAUGGUUUGUAGUUCCAGUGAAGAUGCAAAAAGAGUGAAAUAUUACUGUGCUAUUUGUUAUCCAGAUAUUGAUCGAUUAACAGAAACACAAUUAAAACGAAUGAAACAAUGUCGACAUGUAGUUGUUGAAGAUAUGAUACCCGAUGAAACACUUACAGCAAGUGAAACAUCACUGGAAAAAGAAAAAAAUAAAAGUACUAUUGUACGGUUAUUGGAAGCUGAUAUUCGUCGACCUUUACUUCUCUCUCAACCAGAACCAACAGAUUCAAUAUCACUAACACAAAGUGAACCAAUUACAGAAGAAAAUCUAUCGAGUUUUGAUUCAACUGGAAUGUUUUAUUUUACUCCACCAAGACCUAUUGAAGAAGCUGUUCUUCAUAUGGAAUGGCUUCGUGAACGUCGUCUUGCAUUUCGUCGACAGAAUACAAUAAAAAAAGAUAAAUCUCAGUCGGCUCAACAACAAGAAUCUGUACGACCUUCACAUCCUGUUCAUUUUCAAGAUCAUGUUAUUGUGUGUCUUCAUGCUGAUAAAUCAUCACCAACAAUUGGUUUACGAAAUUUUGUUAUGCCUCUUCGUGCUAGUUCAUUUCAUCGUCAUGAAUUACCUACAAUUAUAUUUGUAACAGAUCUUGAUUAUAUUAAAAAUGAAUGGGAUAUGAUAUCAACAUUUCCUGAUAUUUAUAUUCUUAAUGGUUCACCAAGUAAUCCUUAUAAUUUACAAUUAAUAUGUAUUCAAGAUUGUCGUCAAUGUGUUAUUAUAUCAACAUUAGAUCGUGAAAAUCAAGAUACAUAUUUAGUUGAUAAAUCAUCUGUACUUUGUACAUUAAAUAUUCGACAAAUUGAAAUGAAAUCAGCUGGAUUUGUAUCAAUUAUGAAUUUAACUGGACAAAAUUCAUUUGAUAUAAAUACUGAUCAAACAAUGGCUUUACUACAAAAUAGAAUUCGUACAUUAACAACAUUAACAAUUGAUUCAAAUGUUCAAUAUGUUGAACAAGGUGAUACAGAUGAAGUUGAAUUAGAAUUUUUUUUAACAACACCAUUUGCAUCUGGAUCUGCAUUUGCUGACAGUGUACUUGAUUGUAUUUUAAGUUGUGCUUAUUAUAAUGAUAAUGCAGUUAAUUUACUUCGAAAUAUUUUAACGGGUGGUGUUGAUUUACAAUUAGAAGAAAUUUUAGCUGAAGGUGGUGGUUUUACACGAUGUGAAGCAGUAGAUAUAUUAAAAAAACGAAAUCGUGCUCGUGUUGCUAUAUUAGAAAUUCGUGAAUUAAUACCAGAUAUUGAUUUAAGAUCAAGUCCAGUUACUUUCAAUGUAUUAUUUUGUGAAGUUAUUCAACGUUUUCAUAUGAUUGUUAUGGGUAUAUAUCGUUUAUUAGAUAUACUUGUUCGAAAUGAUCCAACAGUUGAUGCUAAUAAAAUAACCGGUGGUCAUAAACGUAUUGUUAUUUGUUAUCCACCAUAUAAUUAUCAUAUAGAUCCAUCUGAUAUGGUCUACGUAAUGCAACAAUCACGUCCUUAUAAUGAUCAAUAUUCAAGACAAACCUCUGCAACAACAACACAAUUUCGAUAA